GAAUAUUCCGAAAGAUGCUAUAAAAUAAUCAGGUCAUCACACACUCACUCGCCGCAUAUUUCAACUGAUCAUCACCGUCGAAACGAUGAGCACUCAGAUAUCGGAGAUCGAGCAAGAGCAGCUGCUUGAGAAGCUCGAGAUCUUCAAGAUCCAUGGCAGAGACAAACGACGACGUAAGAUCCUUCGGAUCAUCGGCAAGUUCUUUCCAGCUCGGUUUCUCUCACUGGAUGUGUUGAAGACGUAUCUUGAGGAGAAGAUCUUCCCUCGCUUAGGGAGAAAACCUUUCUCCAUUCUCUACGUCCACACCGGCGUACAGAGGAGCGAGAAUUUCCCCGGAAUCUCAGCUUUACGAGCGAUCUACGACGCGAUUCCGGUGAACGUAAGAGACAAUCUCCAGGAGGUUUACUUCCUCCACCCAGGCCUUCAGUCACGUCUCUUCCUCGCCACUUGCGGACGAUUCCUAUUCUCCGGCGGGUUGUACGGGAAGCUAAGGUACGUAAGCAGAGUUGACUACUUGUGGGAGCACGUGAGGAGGAACGAGAUAGAGAUGCCGGAGUUUGUGUACGACCACGACGAUGAUCUGGAGUACCGUCCGAUGAUGGAUUACGGUCAAGAGAGCGAUCACGCGAGAGUUUACGCCGGAGCCGCCGUAGAUUCGCCGGUCUCUAGUUUCUCCAUGAGGUGUAUCUCUUAGCGCAGAUCACGGAUCGUGUAUUAUAAAACCGUAUAAUAUACGAUUUUGAAAUAUAAAAAUAUUACAAAUAGAUAUGUGCUUUUCGAUGUCAGUGAGCGCUUUUCACGGGAAAGAGUAGACAGCUGUUGGCGUUUGGAUAAGGAGAGUUUGAGAAUCUGUAGAUCUUUUUUUGUCUUAAACAUGUUCUCUUCUGUUUUUAAUUACAUAUCGGUUUAGCUGGUUUAGUUUCAAUGGAGUCUAUUUAACCGGGUUGAACU